UGAGACGAGAGCUCUGAGGGCGGGCGAGCUUGUGAUGUAGCGGAGAACGAGGUCUUUACUAGCUCCCUGUCAACUAGAAAGAUUCAAAUUGCGACCACUGGUCAAGCUGUUUGAAGUCCGUUGAGUGUGUUGAGGCGACAAAGUGAAGCUGAAAGCAGUGAUUUGAGCCUGCCAGGAGCCAAUCCAAAUCCAAAAAGGAGAAGAUAUUAUUUCAGCUGGUUGAUCCAACCUGAGCGGAGCCCAGUGUCAUGGAGAAAUUCAAGGCGGCCAUGGUGCUUGGUGGCGUUGGUGAUGCCCUGGGCUACCGGAAGGGACAUUGGGAAGGCUGCACCUCCGGCAAGAAGAUCCAAGACGAACUGGCCUCUCUGGGGGGACUCGAGGCACAGAAACUGGACCCUGAUAACUGGCCCUUGAGUGAUGCAACGCUGAUGCACAUCACCACAGCAGAAGCACUGGUAACAGAUUACUGGUGUCUGGAGGACCUGUACCGGGAACUGGUGCGCGUCUAUGUUGAAGCCAUCGUGUCUCUCCAGGGCAGAGCUCCUGAUCCUGCCACAGUGGAGAACUGUGUUCACCUCAAACCCCACAACUUCCUCCUCGCCUGGCAUACACCCUUCAAUGAAAAAGGGUCUGGCUUUGGGGCAGCUGCCAAGGCCAUGUGUGUGGGCAUGAGAUACUGGCAACCGGAGCGAAUAGACAACCUGGUGGAGGUCAGCAUUGAGAUCGGCAGAAUGACCCACAACCAUCCCACAGGGUUUCUGGGCUCCAUGACGACGGCGCUGUUUGCAUCCUAUGCGAUCCAGGGGAAAGCUGUUGUGACUUGGGGCCGCGAGCUCAUGAAGGUCAUCCCUCGGGCUCAGGAGUAUUGCAGGAAGACGAUACGGCACAUGUCAGAGUAUCAGGAAAACUGGUUCUACUUUGAGGCCAAGUGGCAGUUUUACCUUGAAGAAAAAGAGAUAGAAAAGGAAGGACGGAACAAACCUUUGUUCCCUGAUCGCUAUGAUGCUGAGGAGACCGACAAAAUAUAUAAGCGCUGGAGCUCAGAGGGCCGAGCGGGACGCAGAGGCCACGAUGCCCCGAUGAUAGCCUACGAUGCCCUUCUGGCAGCAGGGAGUGACUGGGCCGAGCUGUGUAAAAGAGCCAUGUUCCAUGGAGGUGAAAGUGAAGCCACAGGCCUGAUCGCAGGGUGUCUCUUUGGCCUCAUGAACGGCCUGCAUCAGGUUCCCCAAGGACUGUACCAGGAUUUGGACAAAAGGGAGCGUCUGGAGGAGCUGGGAGAAAAGCUUUACAAAGCAGCAUCUGCAGAGAAGUGCAUGGACAAGUAACGCUGCUCUUCGCUGGCCUGAAUCCUACUGGCUAUCAGAGGAACUGCACAUAGCUGUCAAACUGCUUUCAUUUGGCCAAAAGCUACCUUUGAGUCCCUUGGCAGUAUUUCAAUAGUCUUGGGUGACAUCCUGCCUUCUCCACGCCAUUCUUUGAGUCUUUGAAUUUGACACAGGCCUGUCGUAAAUAGAAAAAGUUGAAGCAGGUCUCAGCUAUUGGUUUGAGGGAUGAGUGUCAAAAGGAAAACCUAUCAGGGAAUUGACCUUUAGACUAUUACCUAUGAGGUAAUCUCUCCGGAGAUACAUCUCUAUGAUUGUGCAUUAAUUGGGCACCUCUGCAUUCUACAUCAUUUUCCUUUCUGACCUUUUCCUUUUUCAAGGCUAACCUGUAUUAACAAGAAGCACAUGGUCAUGUUGUGUCAUGUUACUAAUUCCUCAAAACAUUGUGCAGGCCUGAUAGAGGCACUUUCUCCUCUACCUGCCGUUAGUUUUAGUCUACAUACAUUUUGGCUUUUCAUCUAGCAGGUUUUAGAAUGAUUUUAACUUGUUUGCAUAAUUGUAAUCAAUGUAUCCAUACUGUGAACAAUUAUCAUUUGCACUGUGAUGCUCUCUUAGAGUACUAUAUUCUCAAAGCAUCAUAACAUGGAGAAUAUUAAUAUGAUAUAAACAUUAAAAAGAACUCAUAAAUAUAAAUCCUGCAUGAAGGGCCUGUCUCUCUUUAUCUUAACUACAACAUUUAUUCUAAAGGACAGCUUUUCUCCUACAUGAUAUCCCCUUCUUGCUGUGCCAAUCUCCUCUGCAAUUCCCCUCAACUAAUCGCCAGUAACAAGUGCACACGGCUGGAGCACUUCACUUCAAGUCUGAACAUCUUAUUUCCUGUUCAUUGCUGCAGGGCAAAGAUGACUUCUUGAAAAUCCAGUUCAAGUAGAAGAACUGUAUUGUACUAUAUUUGUAUAUGAUUGCAUAUUUAGAAACUGGUAAAAUGGUGUGUUGCUGUUACACCAUGUAUUACAAUAAACCUUGGCUAUGCUCUAUCUAUAU